GGCGCGGCGCGGCGGCGGCGGCGGGCGUCCAGUGCUGCCUGGACCGCCGGGAGGGGAGCGCGCGCGACGCUCCGGCUGAGCGCACAGCCAUCCACGACGUUGCUCGGGCGCUGCGUCGCUCUGUGAGGAAGAACGAGUGAUACUCUGGCUGCUGAUUAUGAGAUAGAGACGGACUGGUGUGAAGGCUGAUCGUGGCGUGUUCCUAAGAAGAAGAACCAGAAGCCUGUCUGGCGCCCGCGUCGUGUGUGGCCGUCCACGGCAGGUGCCGGCUGCCCAGUGGUGAGCUCCGCGCGCGAGUGUGAGACCGAAAAUUGCCACCAACGGCAGGUGCUGGAUGGCUUUGAACCGGUGCUACUGCGGAUGUCGUUUUUGAUUGCUUCAAAUAAGCAAAUGACAGUCAUUUGAAGGAUACCGCCAUCCAGAACUGACGUCGCAGUUUGUCGUGGAUGGUCUCCACGUGAAGACCUCGAUUCAGGACUGUCUCCGCACACCACGGGACACUGAAAGAGUGCGUCGAGCUACCCCAGUGACGUCACCGGACCGCUCCAGUGACGUCAUGAGCUCGUUCUACGAGGUGUCGGUGCCGGCGGGCGGCGGCGCUCCGUACGUCUGGUCGGAACCGACCAACAGCUCAUGUCCCGGCGGCGAGUGCGCGCUGCUGGAGGAGCUCGGUCCACCUCCGGACAUGAUCCUGACGCUGCCACCGCCACCGCUUCCCUCCUUCCUGGCCGAGUCUGCGACGCAGCUGAUGAACCACAGCUGUGGGCUGUGUCGCUGGGCGUCCGGAGGAGCGGUGGACUACGUGGAGAUGCCGCGGCAAGGUCCGGCGAUUGACGACACGUGGUUCUUUGUCAUCAUCUGCGCGUGUGUCGGUCUGACCCUCUUCGGAAUCCUGCUCACCAUAUUCUGCCUCAGGCUGAAGGAGCAGAAGAAGAGCCGUCUGGGUCUGGACUCAGUUGACAACAACAAGCCACCGCUGGGCAGCGGUCAGUGCGAGGCAGUCCUGUACCCACCGCCAAGUACUGCCUCUUCAGCAGCCUGCCGCCCCAGCCGCGCCCUCUGGGCCGGUCUGCGAACCCGGGAGAACCACUACACCAUCGAGCAUGUGCAGCCGGUCGAACAGAAGUCCGCGAGCAUCACAGCCUCCAGUUUCGAGUUCCCAGACGACUACAGCUCGGUCGGGUACACGUCCAUCUCUCCUCAGGCGUACCGCGCUGGAAUCCCGGACGGCGUCCACCUCCUGCCGGCGCACGAUAACACAGCGUACGCCGCCUCGGACGAGGCCAUGCAGGUGACGCGCGUGGCACCGGACGGCUGUGUGGUGACCGCCUCACCUCGAGCUCGCCCGCAGCGCACGGAGAGCUACCAGCUGCGGCGGCGCAGCGACGACCCGCCGGCAGAGCCGGAGUACGAGGAGCACUGCUAUGAGGAGCCACUGGCCGGCCGUCCCCUCGCGCCCGACGAGCGAUACCAGACCCCGGCCGGUGUCGACCUCACGCUGCACAUUUACGAAAAGCCGCAGUUCCGCUCGGUGGGACGAUCGCCCAAGAACCGGCCAAAGCUGCUCAACAGUCUCAGCCGCAACUCGCCGCGGCCGCGACGUGCAGCGCCGUCUAUCUCCAGUCCCCGCAGUCUCGAGUUCCACCAGCUGCCGCCGCUGAAUGGACGGCAGCACCGUCGGACGGAGGACGGGCGUCUCCUGAAGUACACACCUCCCCAGGCACGCCUCAAUGUCUCCUAUCCCUCGCCAGUGGUCUGAGAGACAGAGAGUUCCGGAUCCGGUUCAAUGAAGGCUGCGAGGCUGCAGCUAAAUUGGUGCAGACCAGGUGCCGAGAUGGUGCAGACCAGGCGCCGAUUUGGUGCCGAGAUGGUGCUGAACUGUUGCCGAAAUGGCCCUACCAGGUGCCGAAAUGCAAUGAUCACCAUGUACUGCAAUUGUGCAGACCAUCGCAGUGGUGAAGGCCAGGAUAUGUUAGUUAUUUUGGAGCUAGUCACCCGGUUGACUGAUGCUUGGACUCUCGAUGGUCUGUUUCAAGCCAUCCAUGUCUGGUUUGCGAGCAGGCUGUAGCUGGCAAGACGAAGCAAUUACUGACGGUCAGACCCUUUUUUAAUGCAAAGGAAGCUGGAUCAUGUGGUUGGGUGAGAUGACUUCAGGCGUUGGAUUUUUGCUCGACUGAGCCCGCUCUGCAACAAAACAUCGAGACUGAUGCAACUCUGUCCUUUGGUCAGGACAUUGGCUGUUCAGUGUUGUUCGUUUUGUCGUUGCCUCAGAGACUGAUUAAUUGAUGGAGAAUCUGAAAAGUAUAGAACAGAAUGCAGAAGAAAAGGCCAAGUUUGAGGAGUCGGACUUUUUCACCGAGUGUCACGCUGACUAAGCUUCAGGUGGCAUAUUGAUACCAAAGACGAGUAUUUGCGAUUUAAUGUGAUAUUGAGUGUUGUGUAUCGCCGUGUUCUACUUCUUGCUGUACCCUUUCAACCAGAAGUGGUUGUUAGCUAGUGUAACUGAACACCUUUUAUCCGCUUAAGCGUUAGCGUUGAAUGCACUAUUUCAGACAAAAGAAACGGUAUUCGACCUCACUCCCUUUUCUCCAGUUGUGGCCUUUCCUACUCGAGUGUUACUUAAUUGCCGGGUUUGACAUGUUAAUUGACCGGUGACGUCAGUGUUAUCGUGACGACCUCACCGUCUCGUUCCUCUCUUGUGACGUCACAGUCUCAAGUUAUAGAUGUGCCAUGCAAUUUUUGUGCGCUCCUAGUGUAAUGCCAAGCUAUGUAAAUAGGGGAGAGUGGUGCAGGAGGCCCCCCCUUAAGCUCAGUUGCUAUUUUUAGACAAAUGAUAAUAUUUAAGAGCUAACGUGUGCAUGCGCUGUGAGCAUGCAUCAUUUUCCCAUACAUAUUUGCAUUCAAAAUGAAUCUAGGGGGUACACAAACCGUAAACUUAAACAUUUUGGAAAAAGUUGCAAAAGGGCCUCUUACACUAUGGGUAUGGUAAGACGCCCCCCCCCCUCGGGCGUUUUACAAGUCAAGUCGACUUGUAAAAGACGCUUUGCGAACACAGCUGCAAGGCCUUUUAUUUCGAAACGCUAAGCAAAUACGGUGUUAUCGAAACCAAUAACACUUCCAAAGCGCUCGAACAAUGCGAAAACUAUAUAUUAGCACAACCAAACGCUGAUGACCAACGAAAAUUGUACCUAUUACCUCUAAGAAAAGAAACAGAAAAAAAAGAAACAAAAACAAACUCCUUGAAAGAAGAAUGCCACGCCUGCCGCAGGUGCAGGCGUUUUAGCAUCGGGGGCAUUUUUUAUCGGGGGGCGUUUUAUCAUCCUCGAAGGGAGGGCCUCUUAAAAAAAUGCAGUGUUUUAACGUCACAAUCUUUAUGGUUUAUGAGACAUUUGCAGCGCACCAGAACAUGGUCUAUUCUGAAGCUAACAUGUGACAAAUUUCGAUGAGAUAAGAUUGCAUUUGAUAGCCAUUGUUUUUUCAGAUAUAUAAGGGCGAUAAAGAUGCAUAUAUCUGGCAAGUAAAGGGGCAAAAACAGAAACAGGCUUACCAAAAGUCUCUGCGACGCACCUGAUACCUCAGGUUUCGUGAGUUGUUGUUUCAAGAGGGCUUCUGCUUUACAAGUACAUUAAAAAAUAAAUAACAUUAUUGGUUUGGUAAAAAAAGCGAUGGGGCCUCUUACCGACCCUGGGCGUCUUACACGGAUCUCCCCUACGUAAAUGGUAAACAAUCGAUAAUUGUGUCAUGCACAAUGUUUGGAUAAAACGGUGUGCAAUGUACAUAGAACAUGAAUGAUGGAUGCGAAAUAAACAAACUAGUCCCAGAAA